AUGAGUGAUAGUUCAGUCCUUGCUGUUCAUAUUUCUGGYAUAAUUAUUGGUGCUAUCUGCAUCAUUGGAAAUGCCUUGGUUUGUCAUAUCAUCGUUAGACUUAAAUCCAUGAAGACGUCCAUGAAUUACAUCAUACUAAACCUUGCCAUACUAGACGCCAUGACUGGUUUCUUUGGAAUAUUUUUUGUCAUCGCAAACGAYAACAGAGGUGUUCUUGGUCCACYAGUKCUCCAACAGGCAUACAAUCAGAGYRACAYUUUAGCUGARRUACUUUGUAGAKUCCAAUAYGCCUACUGGUUCGGYGGAGCAGUUUCACCUCUAUUACUAACAKCAAUGGCGUUCGAACGUUAUAAAGCCAUUGUCCAUCCUCUUUCAGCCCUUGGCGGAGGUACCAAAGCAAGAUUAAAAUGGAUUUUACUUAUUUCGUGGCUCUCAGGGUUURGUGUUUACUUUGUUGARCUGAUUACAGUCCAUUUCGACAGCAAAGUUGGUAUUUGUACUUCUGAAAGUCACGAUCAUCAUGUGUGGUUCAACCGCAAGGUCUACUUUAUUGUGUAUGCCAUAGCGAUGUACCUCAUUCCGUCCAUUGCUAUGAUAACAUUCUAUAGUCGUGCAAUCAUUGCUUUAAAAAGACCUGAUCAAGUACUUUCAAGUCAACUUGAAGCUCGWAGAAACCAACAUAAAGCGCGAGAACGAGUUUUAAAAGUAGCCAUCUUGGUCACAUGCAUGUUCUAUAUCUUUUGUGGAAUUCCGUACACUGCUUUUGGCUUGAACGAAUUCUUUGGAUUUCUUGAUUACUUGAGAUAUGAUUUGGUGCUUGGCGUUACUAUUAUUGCUCUGACUUUUAAUUCAGCUAUCAACCCUUUCUUAUAUUUUACCUUAAUCAAAUCUUUUCGCAAUGGUUUUCGUCGUGUUUUUAUAAACUGUCAAAGAGAGCGGAUGCGUUCAACAUUCAGUGAGAUAUCUUUAUCACGGCGUUCCGUUAGCUUCGAACGUAGUGAUACUAUUAAAAGCUCUCUUGGUCAACCAAAACUUGUUGCAGURCAAGUUACAGAAGAGAGGUUUGAUUUUAAAGCUUAA